GUAACAUUUCUGGGUAGUGACUGGAAAGAAUUUCUCGUCAAAGAGCUAGGAGAGCACAACAUCUAUCGCCAUUGGGGUGGAAGCAAAGCAUCUGAUCUUCCUACGGGAGAUGUUCGAAUGGGUGGAAAAGUUCCCGAGAAAUUGCAGUAUAAAGCGGAAGAUAACGUCGACGACGAUAGACAGGGAUUUACUAAGGUUACCGUAGCAGCGCGGUCUAAAGCGGAGGUGAGGAAUUUGCAAGGU